AUGGCUCCAGCUGCUUAUUCAGAUUUAACAAAAGCUUCAAAUGAUUUAUUAAAUAAAGAUUUUUAUCAUUUAUCAACUGCUGCAGUUGAUGUUAAAACAAUUGCUCCAAAUGGUAUUGCUUUUACUGUUAAAGGUAAAACUACUAAAGAUGAUAAAAUUGCUGCUUCAGUUGAUGCAAAACAUGUUGAUAAAGCAACUGGUUUAACUUUAACUCAAGGUUGGAAUAAUGCUAAUGUUUUAUCAACAAAAAUUGAAUUAUCAGAAUUAUUAACCCCAGGUUUAAAAGGUGAAUUAGAUACUUCAAUUAUUCCAAAUGGUGCAAGAAAUGCAAAAUUAAAUUUUUUCUAUCAACAAUCUGCUGUUAAUGCAAGAUUAUUUUUUGAUUUAUUAAAAGGUCCAAUUGCAACUGCUGAUUUAGUUGUUGCUCAUGAUGGAUUUGUUGCAGGUGCUGAAUUAGGUUAUGAUAUUUCAAGUGCUAAAGUAAAUAAAUAUUCAGUUGGUGUUGGUUAUUCAAAUUUAACUUAUAAUUUAGCUGCUACUGCUACUUCAAAUUUAUCAGUAUUUUCAGCUGCUUAUUAUCAUAGAGUUUCUCCAUUAGUUGAAGUUGGUGCUAAAACUACUUGGGAUUCAGUUAAAUCAUCAAAUGUUAAUGUUGAAUUUGCAACUAAAUAUGCUUUAGAUAGAACUGCUUUUAUUAAAGCUAAAAUUGCUGAUUCUGGUUUAACUGCUUUAUCUUAUACUCAAGAAUUAAGACCAGGUGUUAAAUUAGGUUUAGGUGCUUCAUUUGAUGCUUUAAAAUUAGCUGAACCAGUUCAUAAAUUAGGUGUUUCAUUAUCUUUCACUGCUUAA